GGUAGGCUGUUGUCCACGGUGAUCCUCCUGUGCCGCGGCAGUGAGAUACGUUGCUGGCGCGGCGAAUAGGGCGAUAUCGCUCGCCGUCGGACUGUUGUUGUAGCAUCUGAAGCGCCCUCUCGCUGUCUCAGUGAAAGUCGAGUUGGUCACUCCAUCUCCUAUUUCGCCUAUGUUCUGUGUGUUCGUGGGCUCGAUGUGAGGCGGGAAAUCUAACCCACAUUGGAUGGAAAGGGGAACGAAGCCAGCAUGUUCGCUGCGGUACUGGUGUGUUAGUCAAUCAUGUUCCUGGCGAUGGCUUUUCGGUAGGCCGAACAAAGUCCUCCCUAGAGCGUGCAGCCUUCGCUCAUCCGCUCAUAAUGCCGAGACAGGAGGGCGGCAUGGAGGGUGAUGAUCCAUGUUAACUGUGUGCGUGCACUUUUGGCGUGCGUAGCCGGGCGAGCCUGCCCUUGUUUCCUUCAGCAGCUGUCUAUCUACAUCACGUGUAGGGUUUUCAUUAUCUAGCCUUAGCGAGUUUUGAAGGACAGGACGCUCAUUAAGGAGUUCAGUGACGUUGAAGAGCUUGAGCACUGUUCUGCCAGUGGUGGUUGGCUUCGGAGGUCCACAAUUCAUCUACCGCUCAGAAGGAACUCUUGACCAGUACAGAGCGGCGUUCUGCAGCAGCUAUGGAUGCCUUCCGGAAGCAGCUCGACGCCCUCAUGGGCGCGAAUCGUAACGGCGAUGUACAAGAAGUGAAGCGAAAAUACUAUGCGCGAGACGUCUGCCGAUAUUUUCUCUGUGGAUUAUGCCCCCACGAUCUUUUCCAAAACACGAAAAUCGACCUGGGCCCUUGUGGCAAAGUGCAUUCGCUUCAUCUCAGGCUUGAAUACGAGGAUGCAAAGAAGCGGUUGAGGGACAAUUAUGACAGGGAAUUGGAGGAGUGCUUGGAGAAGCAUAUCAUAGAUUGCGACAAGAAGAUUCAAAGGGCGCUGAAAAGACUUGAGGACACUGAUGAAGGGGCAGCGUCAGCAGUGCCUGUCUCACAAGCUACCAAGACACCGGAGUCUAACGAGCUGACAAAGCAAAUAAAGGAUAAACUACGAGACGCCGAGAAGUUGGACCUGGAGGGGAAAACGGAUGAGAAAUUGAAAGUGCUAGAGGUUGUCGAGGAACUUCGGCAGAAGCGUGCUGAUAAGCAGGCCCUUGCACUGCUGGAGACAUUUAACAAAGACAGAGCAACAGGUCCAUUGGGAAGUGCUAUGUUGGGAUCUCCUCCUGGUGUAGGACCUUCACCAAUACCCCCAGAUCCUCGAACUCAGGAGGCGAUAAGGGAGAGGCUCAAGAAAGCAGAGGAACUUGGUGAGAUGGGGAUGGUGGACGAAGCACAAAAAGCAAUGGAAGAAGCUGAAGCAUUGAAGAGACUUGGUAGCCGAGGCGAUCCUGCUGAUGGUCAAAAAGGCGACAUGCGAAUUGCUGAUCAGAAACUUCGUGUAUGCGAUGUUUGUGGAGCUUUCCUGAGUAUCUACGACAGCGAUAGGCGAUUGGCAGACCAUUUUGGAGGAAAAUUGCAUUUGGGCUACUUCCAGAUCCGCGAAAAGUUGCAAGAAAUUAGGGAGGAGAGGUUGAAACCCCGGAAAACUGAGGAAGAUGAUGAACGGUCAAAGGACAGCGAUCCUGGGCUGGACAAGGAUGUGAAGGAGAGAGACAAGUCUCUUGACAGGGACAGACCGGCGCGCGACCGUUCUUCAGAAAGGAAUGAUAGAGAUCGUGACAGGGACCGUGACGCGGAUCGCCAUCGAAUCAGAGAACGAGACAGGGAUCGCGAUCGUGGGCGGGACUACGAUCGAAGUGGCAGGAGAAGGGAAAGAGACAGAAGGCGCGAUAGAUAUGGGAGAUAUUGAAGCUUCAUGAAUGUUCGGAUUUCACACCAUCAACUCGGGUCAGACACAGGUGAAUGAUGUCAGGUGGUCCUAGUAUCUGUUGGGUUGUUGCAGUCUAUUGUCAACCUAGCAGCAGGGAACAAAUGCACAUUUUUUUGCUCACCCCAUGUGGUCAGGUGUCAAUGUAGCACAGAGAGUCACAUCUGUAGGUCUUUAGUUCGCCCUUCUUGUCUGUGUUAUCCUGUCAUGAAUGUGUGACCUGUGGAAAGGUGCUUGGAUGUGGCCCAUGGGCAGGGUGACAAGAUUCUCCGGUUCUCCUACAGGCAGUGAACGAGAUAGCUGAGGUUAGUUCUUCUUGCGGUGACAAAUCUGGUUGAGCUGUGCGGUGGAGUACGGAUGUGAGGCAGACAUAUCUGUGGAUUGCUUUGUGGUUUGUGAUUGCUUGUGCCAUGUUGUGACCAUAAAUGCAUCCGUAUGCGCUUUGCAUAUAUGGUAUAAAUCAAUGCAAAGCCAGUUAGAGGUGGAGAAGUUUGGCGAUGCAUCCGAUUGGAGAAGAGAGGAGGGAGGCUCUCGUCUGGCUCAAUCACCAAAGUUAAGGCCUGGGCCUUUUUUCUGCAUAUCAGGAUUACCCACGUGUGUAAUGAGCAGUUUCGUCUGGGGUGCUAAAGUGGUUGUUCUGGGAUAAUCUUGAUUCACCUGUUAUGGCAUCCUUCCACUCGUGCUCGUGUCUGCGUACAAGUGCUGGUGCUGGGGUCGUGUGUAUACAAGGUUAUGGUUGAUGCUUAUCUGGUUAACGAGUAAUUGAAAAUCCUCGUCAGCGUCUUGCUAUCACAUCCAUGGGAGCGAUUUUGUAUUAUAAGUCACAACAAGUUUGCCAUCUUUGUCAGCACUGUUUGAUGUUGGACUCAAUCUUCUCCUCACAGAUGUGGGCUCGAUAGUGUUUCAACUUGGCAAUGCUUGAAGCAGUUCUUGUUUGUCCAUUUGCUCCAGGAAGGCGUAAGGCUUUUCUGAAACGUACAUACUUCACAGUAUAAGAUUUGUCAACUGGAUUGGGGGAAAAGAAAAGCUAAAAAACGGAAUUGGUGACCGAAUUGGUGACCGCCGGUUUGACCAUGAAAAGAGAAGGGCUUCAACGGGGAAAACAAAUUGCCAUCAGCAAC